CUGACUGACUUGCACACAACUGGCUUGGCUCGCGACGAGACAAAAUGAAAUUGGGCGACAGUGCUCUCUCUGGCAUCCAAGCGCCUUUUUUUGGGAGCAAAGACACACAGGCACACAGACGCAGACACAGACGCAGACUGCUCCUGGCUUCAUGACGUGCCGGGAGACGGGACCUUCGGGGCUUGUUUCACUUGACCCUGGCCCUGGCACCGCGUCCUCUGCCUGCAUUUCCACGUCUCCAAAGCCAAAAUGCAGGCGGCAUGGAUGGAUCGACAAGCUACCGGCGAGAAGGUUCUCCCCCUUGUUAGCCCACAUGCAUUCCCCUGCCGCGCCCCCUGCCACUCCACCACCCUCUCUGCACCAGCUGCAGCCCGCCCGGCCUGCAUCUCCACCCCAGACAGACAGACAGACAGACAGACAGCUCGACAGCCAGCCAUCCCAUCCCAUUCCAUCCAUUGAUCCAGUCCAUGCCGGCCGCCACGCUGCUCACUGACCGAAGGAGAAUAAAGGAAAACUAACAUGCCUCUCCUUGGUGGGUGGAGCCCGUCUAAUCAGAUCCCAAGUCGCCAAUUCGUCUCUCUCCUGUGCAGUACCUGCAGGCAGCGCUAAAAUGGUUAAUCGUCCGUCUCCAACGGCUCUCUUGCCCUCUUUCUCCCACCACUCCUCUCGCUCUGUCUUGUGUGUCGUCUACCCGAAGUAAGGUAAGAGACGAUAAUAUCACUCACGCAUCGUCGUCAUCAUCAUCUUACCUUGGCCUGCUUCGCGCUGAUACUAUCCUCCUCGCUUUUGCCUGUUUUCUUUUUCUUUUUCUUUUUCCUUUUCCUUCAGGAUUCCUCCUCUGCCGUCUCGGGCUGAUCCAUCGUCAUGUCAUCUAUCUCUGUCCCUGCCCGCCACCCACGCACCCACCCACACCCACACACCAACACAACGAAUAGAUGGCCUUGCAAGUGUUUUUGCUCGUGGACAGACGGCCAGAUACAUGUUGCCCUAAUCUGCAUCCGCGCGGGAUGUGUCCUGAUGCUCUGCCUUGUCCCUCUUCGCUCAGCUUAGAUGAGACUGUGUCAGCCCUCUCGCGCUGCUUGACCAUGUCCGUGUUGCAGCAGCACAUCAAAAGUCAUGCAAACAGCAAAAGAAGACGAGCUCAGCACGAGUAUGAAUCAAUAGCAGCCCAAGGAGCGCCUAUAGCCGCGGAUGCUGUUCCCCGGGCGGGUGGGCCCCGUCGUUGCUUUUGUCGCCGAAUCCACCAACCCCCAUCCAUCGUCGCUGUCAAACCCGCAUCCAUGCCGUUGUUCCACUUUCUCAUCCCUAGCAAUUCCAUGCUCUGUGCUGUGUCCCUUAGCUACACCAUGGCCAUGGUCGCGGCCUCUCGCCAUGCCGUGGUCCACCACCCAUAG